AUGAGUCUUAAAGACAGCGAUGACACAGAAGCAGACAAACUUGAAAGAAUAAUCCAGCAACUUGUCACAGAGAUAAUCAAGAAAAGAGAGUGUGCAAUGGUAAGCAGUAUGAAUAGCAAUACGACAGAUUAUCUUGGGAUGCUUUUGAAAGCUAAUCAUGAUACUGCUGGAAGAGACGAGAUCAUAUUUGAAGAAAUAAUUGAUGAAUACAAGAUGUUUUGUGAUGCUGGUCAAGAAACAACUCAGACAUUGCUCUCACGAACUAUUUCUCUUUUAGCACUACACACUGACUGGCAAGACAAAGCAAGAGAAGAGAUGAGCAUGAUCAUUAAUGAGACCUUAAGACUAUAUCCUCCUACGGUCGCCACUGCAAGAAAAGUUAAGAAGGAAACCAGAUUAGGGAAGUUCACCCUACCAGAAGGUACGAGGAUGGGUGUUCCAGUCCGAUCACUCCACCAUGACUCUAAGAUAUGGGGUGAAGAUACCCAUCUUUUCAAACCAGAAAGAGGAAUUGCUGAAGUCACAAAUGGAAAUCCAUCAGCAUUCCUGCCAUUCAGCCUAGGACCCUGA